UUGAGUCAAUCGAGCAGUCAACUAAAAUUCCACUUUAUUUUUGUCACCUUCCUCAGAAAAUUGUACAAAAAUAGAAAACCCAAACACAUUCGAGUCGCCGCGUCUCAAGAAUUUCAAACGAAAUCAAAGUACGACUCUCUCCUCGUAAAGAGCAUACACCACCACUCUAUUGUUGAAUUACGUCCAGGGGCUCUGUCGUCAUUUCAAUAAGUUAGUAAUGAAACUCACACUCUCUGCGUCCCAACAAAUUCGGCCGUCGCUACACUUACCGACCACGAGCAGUCAGCUCCUCCGCCACGGCCAGCUGAAGGAGAAGGUGGUGGUGGUGCUAGGCGUCACCGGCGCCGGUAAAUCACGCCUAUCGAUCGACCUCGCCACUCGCUUCUCCUCGGAGAUCAUCAAUUCCGACAAAAUGCAGGUCUACCAAGGCCUCGAAAUCGCCACCAACAAAAUCACCGACGAGGAGCGGCGCGGCGUGCCGCACCACCUCCUCGGCGUCGCCGAUCCCGAAUCCGACUUCUCCACCGCCGAAUUCCGCGCAAUGGCGUCGAUCUCGCUGCGGUCGAUCCUCCGCCGCCGGAACCUUCCGAUCAUCGUCGGAGGCUCAAAUUCGUUCGUCGAGGCGCUCGUCGACGCGAGCUUCCGAUCGCGCUACGAUUGCUGCUUCCUGUGGGUGGACGUCGCGAUGCCUGUGCUGGCCUCGUUCGUGUCGGAUCGCGUGGACAGGAUGGUGGAGAGAGGGAUGAUCGAAGAAGUUAGGGCUUUUUUCCGGUCCAACGGCGAUUACUCGCGGGGGAUCCGGCGCGCGAUCGGCGUGCCCGAGUUGGACGAGUAUUUCCGAGUGGAAUCGGAGUGCGACGAGGAGACUCGCGCUAGGGCUCUGGCGGAGGCGAUCGACGCGAUCAAGGUGAACACGAGCAGGCUGGCGUGCCGGCAGCUGGAGAAGAUCCACCGGCUGAGGAACAUCAGAGACUGGCGGAUGCACCGCCUCGACGCGACGGAGGUGUUCGGGAAGCGCGGCGGGGAGGCAGAGGCGGUGUGGAAUAGCGUGGUGGCGGGGACUGCGGAGGCGGUAGUCAGUAGGUUUUUGUACGAUUCGGAGCCUGUGGCUUACGGUGGGGCGAUGUCGAUGAGGAGCGGCGCUCGGCCGCUGUUGGCGGCGACGGCGAAUUGAAUGCUGUGGUGCCAGUUGAGGGAAUAUUUACAAAUUUUCCCUGCAAACUAACCGAUAUCAUAUUAAAUAAUUUGGAUUACCCUUGUAUAAGUAAGAAUAAUUUCAAACAGUAAUAAUUCAACACUCAAAUUCGAUUUCA